AGAGCGUCAGCGGCUGCAGCGUAAACAAAAGAUGAUGUGACUCUUAUUUACUCCCUUAUUUACUCACUAUUACUUUAACUAGUCACUGGAAGAGUGCGCUGAUGAUGGCACUGGCAACAGUCGAGAACUCGGCACUAGAGAAGAUAUUAAGUUUUGUAAAUGACACUGGAUACAAGGAACUCAUGCAAAAUUCUGCAAGAUAUAAUGUAAGGAUCCGUAAAGAUAGGAUAUAUCGACAACCUUAUAUUGAUGGACAAACAGGUGUGGCACAGCGGCACUGCCACCUCUUUGUUAGUGACAAGCAUCGGAUGCCAGGAAUACUCCAAGGACAGGUCUACACAUAUCCCGCACGAAGAUGGAAAACACAAAGACGAUCUUACUUAGGUUCUCUUAUGCAAGCAGCUAAAGCAGACCCAGAUGAGCAUACAAUUACAACAGUGGAAAAUCCUGCAGCAAUUGUUGCUGCUGUUGUUGAAGAACCUGUUCUUCAACCAGAAAAAGUGAUAUUGCCAGAGCAGUGGGCAACUUUCUACGAGGAGCCUCCUUUUGAAGAAGAGUUAGAAGAUGAAUUUGAGUCCGAGGAGGAUUUUGAUGAUGAAACAUACAAUCGCAAGGGCAGCAAACGAAAGAAGGCUCCAGUAGGAAGAAAACCUAAGGCUGCUGGUGGAAUUCCUAAGAAAACCACCAAAAAGAAGACGUCCGAGAAUAACGUGCAGCGUAGUAACAAGAAGAAAUCAGCUCCCAAGACUCCCUGUAAAACCCCUAAGAAUGCCAAAAAGGAUGAUGAUGACCCAAAUAACAAGCCAUAUGGGUGUGAACUGUGUGGGAUCCGGUACAAGACGCGGCCUGGCCUUACUUACCACUAUGCACACUCGCAUAAGGAGGAGAAGGAGGAGGAGGCUAAAGCACCUGCUAGACCUAACGAGCAAAUCCAGGCUAACGACCCCACCCCAGACUACUUACCAGUCCAGGCUCAGGCCUCUGCUACCCCACAGUGGGGUCAGAACAGUUUUAAUUCAGGACGCCGUUCUGGCUCUACAGGCCAAUCCAAUGCAGUCCCUACGAUGCCCCAAGCUAUUGCCUCCCCUACUGACACUCCAUCUGAUAAAAACCUAGGAAAGAAGAAAGUAUCUGCCUCUCCUUACUGUGACUUCUGCUUAGGAGAUUCUUCCGAGAACAAGAAAACUGGCACACCGGAGAACCUCGUGUCGUGCGCUGAUUGUGGGCGAUCAGGUCAUCCAACAUGUCUACAAUUUACAUCUAAUAUGAUGAAAAGUGUUGUGAAAUAUCGUUGGCAGUGUAUAGAGUGUAAGACCUGCACUCUUUGUGGUACAUCAGAGAAUGACGAUCAGCUGCUGUUUUGUGAUGACUGCGACCGGGGAUACCACUUAUACUGCCUUGAGCCACCUCUGUCAGAGCCACCUGAAGGGGAAUGGUCAUGUUGCUUGUGCUUGCAAGAGUUCCAUGCUAAAUAAAAUUGGGGAGAAUUCUGUCAUCACAGCAACAGAAUGUUUAACUUAAAAUACAAAUCACAGAAUCAUGUGAUUAUGUGAAAAUUAAAUGCAGCAGUAGAUUGCAUUUUUCCUGUACAAUGGGUAAGCUCUCAGUAGUGUAUAUAAGACUUAGGAUGUUUUCUUUCAGAAGAAACCAAGUAUAAAGCACUACAGUAAAAUUUAAAUUUCUCAAUAUUAUUUAUUUUUGUUUUCAUUCUGCAAAAUAUUUAUAUGGAGUUGAAAUAAGAAAAAGUUUGCAUCAUAUUUAUAUCCCAGGGAAAUGAUACAAUUUAUAGCAAUUUAUGAUGCAUAUACAGUAGGUACUUGCGUAACAAACAAAGAAUGGUUGUGGGUCAUGCUUAGUUGUCAUUUCCUCAGGGAGUGUGGGAAUAUUGGUAACAAUAUUUAAUACAAUUAUCUUAUCCCAUAAGAUUGUAAAUACCUUAGUUGUAAUUUUUUUACUUGGGGUUUAUUUAACAGAUAAUAACUUUAUGAUCUGUUUAGCAUAUAAAUAGAAUGGUUUAUUGUAUCCAAACUGAUCACUGGUUUAGAUGGUAAUUUAGAAUUAAGAUCAUAUGUAAGCAACAAAAGAAUCAUUGUGCCAGUAGAAUAUAAAUGAAAAUGGCAUCUUAAUGCAUUGUUCAACAUGUUUUUUCACAAAUGCAUUGUUGCACAAAUUACAUAAGAAAGUAAUAGGUUCAGGAGGCAACUUUAAACUGUGCCUACUAUUUAAACUAGAAGUCAUUUUGUAAUAAAGCAUAUAACUUGCAGGUACGGACAGGUAUUUGAUGUAACACAGAUCUGUUCGUGUACCAUUAUUUUUAUUUUGAAUUAUUUUUCAAUUACAUGUUAAUUGUUGGUCCAUUAAAGAGUUUGCAGGUUAAUGUACAUAAAAAUUCUUAUAUGUAUCUUGAUAAACUAUUUGCUCUUUUAAAUAUUGCCUGAAGAGAACUUUUGUGGCAUCACUACAACUCUAGCCAUUUGUGUUUUGAAGAAACGACUGCAGUACCCCAGAUAUAUGCUAGAGCUCUCUGUGUGUUAGUAUAAUUAACAAACACCAAAGCAGUUACUUUUUACAUGUAUAUUCUCUAGUUACUAGAAUUACAGCUCAUUUGUGUAAAGUAUAUUCAGUAUUAUUCCUUUCUGAUACAUUUUAAGAAAUAAAUAUGCUAAAUAAGUCCAUCCAGAUUUGAAAAAAUCAGCCAUAGUAAUAAAAUUACUACACAAUCUCAAGGUCAUUCAAUGAGUAAAGUACUGACAGCGUUUAUUUACGCACAUUAUGAUGGUCACUAUUUGUGUUCAGCUGAAGAAUAAAAGUAACAAAACGAUAGGCAAAACAAUUCGUUCCACCUCAGUUUGGAAUGGAAACUUUAUGCGAUCUUUUGAUCCAUCAUGGACCAUUGUCAAGUCAUGGCUUGACAGUGGUACAGUGCAGACUGAGAUAGCAUCUGAAGGUUCCUUUCCAAAUUCUAGGUUAACAAUGAACAGCUUCAUCUACAUUUUGUGCAAAAAAUUUUGUCAUUGUUUGCUUCAAUUGGUUUAUUUUAUCAAGAUCUACAGCGAUAUUAACUUAGUAAUUGGUUCAUGUUAUCAAGACUGGCAGCUAUAGUAAGUAACUGGUAGAAGUAGUUACAGUUGAGUUUACUAAUAAAUGUGGUAACUUCAGAACCCACCAAGUAUUACUAACAAACAUACAGUCAACCAGUUAUAUGCACUGAAAAUCCCUCUUCUGGACAUUGACUGAUUAGUUUGGAUAGUAUGUCAUCUUUAAUACUGUAAUUAGAAUUAGUUUUUUAUUGCAUGUUUUGAUGAAAUGUACAUGAAGACUCUUGCCUUCAGAUUUAGUGACCAAUACAGGAUAAGCAGGGUGUUAUCAUCCUUCAACCUUGUCCCAUUUGAAGGUUUUCCAGGGUUAAAGUGUUCCUAAAGUUUCUUAAUGUGAUCUUAAAGUUGACAACAUGAAGUAUAGAUUAUCACCUGUAGCCAAAAAAAAAAAAAAGCUUGAAUUGAAAAUAUUCAUCCAUUACUUUCAUUGGGAAUGCUUGAAUACAUAAUCAUAUUCCAUAAGUAUUUUUUACCUUUUGUGAAAUAUAAAGUUACAAUUGAAACUCAGACUUCGGUUUUAGCUCAUAUGCUGUUAUUAGAUUCUACAGUAUAUGUAUAUCUAUAUAAAGGACCAUUGUUUGACAGAUCUUUAGUAAAUAGGAAACAAAAUAUUUAGUGUGAUACUUAAGGCACAAAUACAAUAUUUUAAGCUAUAUUGGAGAACUUGUGUUACUGAUGUAUUUGUUGCUAUUAAGAAUUUCUUUGGAAUUGUGGCUUUGUCAAUGCCUCUAAUUUUCUUGAUCCAGUUAGUCAAAAGUAGUGUCCAUGGUAUCAGAUAUUGAGGCUUAUGCUCAUACCACAUUUUACGUUAAUUUGGAGCUAUUCCAUAAGAACAUUAUCAAGGCAUCAUGGGUAAUGCAGUGUCCCAUUAGCUGUUCUUGAUUAUAAAAGUCUUGGUGCCCUUUACUACUAAGACCUGCAAAGAUUGUCUGUGUAUCUUUCAGCAAUCACCUUCAUCCUCUGCCACUAUUGGCUUCAGGCCACAUGUAAAAAUAUUUGUAUACCGUACCAACAGCAAUGGCUCUUCCAGAAUUUCAUUACAUAUAUGCAUUGCUUGUUUGUAUUAAUAACAGAUAUUUCUUUAACAGGACAUAUUUUUUUACCAUGCAGAGUCACUGAUGUGCCAACCACAAAAACUACAUUUAAUCAAGAUUUGACUGAAGAAUACAUUAUAUAUAUAUACAUAUAUACAUACAUAUACUUAUAUACAUUCAUACAUACAGUCAUACAUACACAUUAAUACCCUCUUUUUCAACAAACCAGCUGUAUCCCACCAUGGCAGAGUGACCCAAAAAAGAAACACUUUCAUUAUCAUUCACUCCUCAUUCACACCUCAUUGUCAGAGGUGUACCGAUACCAUAGUUCAGGUGCCCCCCAAAACUUCAAAUGUCCCCACCCGUCCUUCAGAGUGCAGGCACUGUACUUCCCACCUCCAGGACUCCAGUCUGGCUAGCUGGUUUCCCUGAAUUCCUUCACAAGUGUUACCUUGCUCACACUCCAACAGCUCUUCAAGUCCCAAAAGUCAUUUGCCUCUGCUCACUCCUGUCUAACAUUCUCACGCACACAUGCUAGGAGAGAGGAGAGGCAAAUGGUCUUUGGGACUUGACGAGUUGUUGGAGUAUGAGCAAGGUAACAUUUAUGAAGAGAUUCAGGGAAAUCAUUUAGCUGGACUGAAGUCCUGAAGGUGGGAAGUACAGUGCCUGCACUCUGAAGGAGGGGGUGGGAAUAUAUGUAGUAUUGAACUGUAGUAUCAGUGUGUCUCUGACACAAAAAAAAAAGUGGAAUGAGUGAUGAAAGUGUUUCUACUGUUAUAGGUCACACUACCUCAGUGGGAGAUGACCGGUGUGUUAAAAAAAAAAAAUACAUGCACACAUACAUACAUACAUGCAUACAUACAUACAGGUAUAUAUAUGUUAUGAAUGUCAUAUUCAGGAUAUAUGUAAUCCUCUGUCAUGCCUUAAAAAUUCAUCCACAGAUUUAUCCUAAGUACAGGUAAACAGAUGCUCAUCAUCAUCAUCUCAUUUAAAAUGAAUGCCAAACAAGAUAAGAGGAUAUCAGUUCUCUAGGUAAACUAGUGCUAGUUUGUCUGCGAAGCUGCAGAUGUUACCCAGGUACAUUACUAACUUUUAUAUAAACAUGACAUAAAUGCGUACACAACUACGUAUGUACCUAGUACUAUGCAUUACCGAGCACUAUGCUGUAUUUCCCCACUAUUAAGUUAAUGAUAGUUCUUCAUUGUCAUUUAUUAGUAGAUACUGUAUUUAGGUAAAUACUGUAAUAACCACAGGUAAAAAACAGUGUUCCUGUACUGGAAAUUUUCAAUUUGGUGCAUUUGAGAAAAUCAAAAUAUGAGCUGGCUAAGACAAAAUAGGAUAAGUUUAUCCUGAUAACUAAACAGCAGUUAACUGCAAACAUUGUGUCCGGUUCUGUUCCUACAGCAGCAGCAUCCUGUAGAUAUAUAUAAAAAAUACACUCUUUUAUAACAUUAUACCCAUUGCUUCUAAUAGGUUAUUUUCUUUGGUCGAUAUUAUGAAGCAAUACUUGAAUGAUAUUUGAGUCCUCGGCAUUAAACUCUGUAACUAGUCGCUAAUUAGUAGACAGGUUUUGUUGUUCCAAGUACUUUAUGAUUUAUAAUUUUCUUGCUCUUUCCUUACUAUCCUUAGAAAUGUGUAUGUUCUCAAGCAAUGUUUCAGGAUCUCGACCUUUUUAUAGGCGGUGUUCAUAAAUGAUGAAAACUUUAAUCACAAAAAAAAUUUGUGUUAUAAAAGUUUAAGAAUAC